AAGAAGAAAAUUUUCCUGCCUUCCAAACACAGAUGCACAUCAAGAUGUGGGUCUUCUGCUUGAUCCUUUUCUGGGGGUGUUGUGGUGUGCUCAUAGUACCCACGUUGGAGUCAACAACAGGAGGUGUGAAUGAGUGUGCAAACACCACUGUAUGCCCAGCUUAUGCCACCUGCACUGACACUAUUGAGAGUUACUACUGCACUUGCAAACAAGGCUUCCUGUCCAGCAACAGACAAAGGAACUUCAGGGGCCCAGGUGUGGAAUGCAAAGAUGUAGAUGAAUGUUCUAAAAGUCCCCCUGCUUGUGGACCUAACUCAAAAUGCACCAACAUGAAGGGGAGAUACAAGUGCAGCUGUUUGCCUGGUUUCUCUUCUCCCACUGGAAAUGGAUGGAUCUCAGGAAAGCCAGGCCAUUUUGCCUGUUCAGAUGUGGAUGAAUGUGCAAAUCCCAGAGCUUGCCCAGAGCGUGCCAGUUGCCAUAAUUCUCUUGGAAGUUACUCUUGUUCCUGCAACCCAGGAUUUGCAUCCAUCAGUGGAAAGUUGAGUUUGCAGGGUUCAGGAGGGAGGUGUGAAGACAUUGAUGAGUGCUCCCAAGAUCCAUCACCAUGUGGGCCAAAUUCCAUCUGCACUAAUGUCCUGGGAUCCUACAGCUGUAAAUGCACCAUGGGUUUUCAUCCUAAUCCACAAGGCUCCUGGAAAGAUGGCAACUUCAGCUGCAUAAGUGUGAAUGAGUGUGCAGACACCACUGUAUGCCCAGCUUAUGCCACCUGCACUGACACUACUGAGAGUUACUACUGCACCUGCAAACAAGGCUUCCUGUCCAGCAACAGACAAAGGAACUUCAGGGGCCCAGGGGUGGAAUGCAAAGAUGUAGAUGAAUGUUCUCAAAGUCCCCCAGUUUGUGGACCUAACUCAAAAUGCACCAACAUGAAGGGGAGAUACAAGUGCAGCUGUUUGCUUGGUUUCUCUUCUCCCACUGGAAAUGGAUGGAUCUCAGGAAAGCCAGGCCGUUUUGCCUGUUCAGAUGUGGAUGAAUGUGCCAAUCCCAGAGCUUGCCCAGAGCAUGCCAGUUGCCAUAAUUCUCUCGGAAGCUACUCUUGUUCCUGCAACCCAGGAUUUGCAUCCAUCAGUGGAGAGCUGAGUUUCCAGGGUCCAGGAGGGAGGUGUCAAGAUAUUGAUGAAUGCUCCCAAGUUCCAUCACCAUGUGGGCCAAAUUCCAUCUGCACUAAUGUCUUGGGAUCCUACAGCUGUAAAUGCACCAUGGGAUUUCAUCCCAAUCCAGAAGGCUCCUGGAAAGAUGGCAACUUCAGCUGCAUAAGUGUGAAUGAGUGUGCAGACACCACUGUAUGCCCAGCUUAUGCCACCUGCACUGACACUUUUGAGAGUUACUACUGCACCUGCAAACAAGGCUUCCUGUCCAGCAACAGACAAAGGAACUUCAGGGGCCCAGGUGUGGAAUGCAAAGAUGUAGAUGAAUGUUCUCAAAGUCCCCCACCUUGUGGUCCUAACUCGAAUUGCACCAACCUGAAGGGGAGAUACAAGUGCAGCUGUUUGCCUGGUUUCUCUUCUCCCACUGGGAAUGGCUGGAUCUCAGGAAAGCCAGGCCGUUUUGCUUGUUCAGAUGUAGAUGAAUGUGCCAAUCCCAGAGCUUGCCCAGAGCAUGCCAGUUGCCAGAAUUCAGUUGGAAGUUACUCUUGUUCCUGCAACCCAGGAUUUGCAUCCAUCGGUGGGAAGUUGAGUUUCCAGGGUUCAGGAGGGAGGUGUGAAGACAUUGAUGAGUGCUCCCAAGAUCCAUCACCAUGUGGGCCAAAUUCCAUCUGCACUAAUGUCCUGGGAUCCUACAGCUGUAAAUGCACCAUGGGUUUUCAUCCUAAUCCACAAGGCUCCUGGAAAGAUGGCAACUUCAGCUGCAUAAAUGUAGAUGAAUGUUCUCAAAGUCCCCCACCUUGUGGACCAAACUCGAGUUGCACCAACCUGAUGGGGAGAUACAAGUGCAGCUGUUUGCCUGGUUUCUCUUCUCCCACUGGAAAUGGCUGGAUCCCAGGAAAGCCAGGCCGUUUUGCCUGUUCAGAUGUAGAUGAAUGUGCCAAUCCCAGAGCUUGCCCAGAGCAUGCCAGUUGCCAUAAUUCUCUUGGAAGCUACUCUUGCUCCUGCAACCCAGGAUUUGCAUCCAUCAGUGGAAAGUUGAGUUUUCAGGGUCCAAGAUGGAGGUGUGAAGAUGUAGAUGAAUGUUCUCAAAGUCCCCCACCUUGUGGACCAAACUCGAAUUGCACCAACCUGAUGGGGAGAUACAAGUGCAGCUGUUUGCCUGGUUUCUCUUCUCCCACUGGGAAUGGCUGGAUCUCAGGAAAGCCAGGCCGUUUUGCCUGUUCAGAUGUGGAUGAAUGUGCCAAUCCCAGAGCUUGCCCAGAGCAUGCCGGUUGCCACAAUUCGGUUGGAAGUUACUCUUGUUCCUGCAACCCAGGAUUUGCAUCCAUCAGUGGAAAUUUGAGUUUCCAGGGUUCCGGAGGGAGGUGUGAAGAUGUAGAUGAAUGUUCUCAAAGUCCCCCACCUUGUGGACCAAACUCGAAUUGCACCAACCUGAUGGGGAGAUACAAGUGCAGCUGUUUGCCUGGUUUCUCUUCUCCCACUGGGAAUGGCUGGAUCUCAGGAAAGCCAGGCCGUUUUGCCUGUUCAGAUGUGGAUGAAUGUGCCAAUCCCAGAGCUUGCCCAGAGCAUGCCGGUUGCCACAAUUCAGUUGGAAGUUACUCUUGUUCCUGCAACCCAGGAUUUGCAUCCAUCAGUGGAAAUUUGAGUUUCCAGGGUUCCGGAGGGAGGUGUGAAGGUAGGUGGAGGCACCUGUCGGGAACUCAGGUUCAAGGCUCUUUGCAAAAUCAGAAGUAUGUGGUGAGGGUCCAACCUGGCUGA